AGCCUGGCACAUGGCAGACGACACACGGAGGCAAAGAGAGUCCGUCUCUCUCACACCUGUGGCCCAUGGCCUGGAGAACAUGGGGGCUGAGUUCUUGGAAAGCAUGGAGGAAGGCCAGCUCCCGUGUGGUAACUCAAGCCAGUCAUCCGAGGGCAGAGGCAGCUGGAACAAAGCAGAGACGAAGCCCAGAUGGAGGAGCCUGCAGCUGGCCAUGCGGAUGAGAAGCUUGUACAGGGAGCAUAAGCAGCUGUCUGAAUGGGUCCUCACAGGCCUGCUCUGUACGGCUUACAUUGCCUUCCUGAUCACCGCUUGCCUGCUGGACUUCCAGAGGGCCCUGGCGCUGCUGGUCAUCACCUGUGUGGUUCUCGUCUUUCUGACCUACGGUCUGCUGAAGAGGCUUCUGGGGCCCAGGCUGAGGAGGUGUGGGAAGUUUCAAGGCCAUUCCCGCCUGAGCCUCUGGCUGAAAAGAGGUCUAGCCCUGGCUGCUGCCCUAGGUCUGAUCUUGUGGCUAUCUCUGGACACCUCCCAGCGGCCCGAACAGCUGGUGUCCUUUGCAGGGAUCUGUGUGUUCCUCGCCCUUCUCUUCGCUGGCUCCAAGCAUCACCGAGCUGUGUCAUGGCGGACUGUGUCCUGGGGCCUUGGGCUGCAGUUUGUGCUGGGUCUCUUUGUCAUCAGAACAGAACCAGGAUUUGUUGCGUUCCAGUGGCUCGGUGAUCAAAUCCAGGUUUUGCCCAUCAUUGUUUUCUUCAGCUGUGUUAUGUCGGUUCUGUACUAUCUGGGCCUCAUGCAGUGGGUGAUCCUGAAGAUUGCCUGGCUGAUGCAGGUCACCAUGGGCACCUCAGCCACUGAGACCCUGAGUGUGGCCGGAAACAUCUUUGUGAGCCAGACCGAAGCUCCUCUGCUGAUCCGGCCCUAUCUAGCAGACAUGACACUCUCUGAAGUUCACGUCGUCAUGACUGGAGGCUACGCCACCAUUGCCGGCAGCCUCCUGGGCGCCUACAUCUCCUUUGGGAUUGACGCUGCCUCCUUAAUUGCUGCCUCGGUCAUGGCGGCCCCGUGCGCUUUGGCCCUCUCCAAGCUGGUCUACCCGGAGGUGGAGGAGUCCAAGUUCCGGAGUGCGGAAGGAGUGAGGCUGAGUUAUGGAGACGCUCAGAACCUUGUGGAGGCGGCCAGCGCUGGGGCCGCCAUCUCCGUGAAGGUCGUUGCCAACAUCGCCGCCAACCUGAUCGCCUUCCUGGCUGUGCUGGCCUUCAUCAACGCCGCCCUCUCCUGGCUGGGGGACAUGGUGGAUAUCCAGGGACUCAGCUUCCAGCUCAUCUGCUCCUACAUCCUGCGGCCCGUGGCCUUCUUGAUGGGCGUGGCCUGGGAGGACUGUCCGGUGGUGGCUGAGCUGCUGGGCAUCAAGCUGUUUCUGAAUGAGUUUGUGGCCUAUCAAGAGCUCUCCCAGUACAAGCAGAGACGCCUGGCGGGGGCUGAGGAGUGGCUCGGGGGCAAGAAACAGUGGAUCUCGGUCAGAGCAGAAAUCCUGACAACAUAUGCCCUCUGCGGAUUCUCCAACUUCAGCUCCAUCGGCAUCAUGCUGGGAGGCCUGACCUCCCUGGUCCCCCAUCGGAGGAGUGACUUCUCCCAGAUUGUGCUCCGGGCGCUGAUCACCGGGGCCUUCGUGUCCCUGAUGAACGCCUGUGUGGCAGGGGUCCUCUACGUGCCCAGGGGCGUCCAGGUGGACUGUGUGUCCCUUCUGAACCAGACCCUCAGCAGCAGCAGCUUUGAGGUGUACCAGUGCUGUGGCCAGGUCUUCCAGAGCACCAGCUUGGAGUUCGGCCCCGAGGCACUGGACAACUGCUGUCGAUUUUACAAUCACACAAUCUGCACAUAACUGGAACUGAACGUCUUCCUGCCCUCAGGAGUCAUUCACCCCAGAAGGUGUCUGUCCUCAAGGAGGCCACGGGACGCAUCACUACUUCCAUUCUACCAUCGGGAAAGGGUGCUACAGUGAAUGGAAACUUCAGUAAAUGAAAACUCCUCCCACCCCUGGUCACAUCACUGCUCCCCCAUGUCCUACCUCUUCAAGUGAGAGUUCCCAGCAUCCCUCUGCUCCCUAGGCCUCUGCAGGCUAACAUGCUGGUCCUCUCUACUCCUCUUCCCUUGGGGUCCUCACGUGUACCUGCCCCAAACUACCUCCCUGCUCCCUGGCAAGCAUCAGACUUGCUGGGGUUCUCCCCCAGGACCUGCCUCCAGAGACACCCACCUUCACUCAGUCCCGGAGUGCUUUCCAAACUGGUGUCCUGCAGGACAGCAUCUCAGUAGGCUGGAUGUUCCCAGCGGUCCACGGCUCACUAAGUUUGGAACACGGACCUAAAUAAAGUUAGACGGGGUUUGUUUGGCUAGGUUUUGAGAUGGGGGGCCUCAUGGAGCUCAUUCUGUAGCUAAGGAUGACUCCUGAUCUUCCUGCAUCACUUCCUGAGUGCCUGAAGUACAGGUGUGCCCAUCACAUCUGGCCCAGAAGAACUUGUUCUUUGGGCUGUCAAGAGAUCUCAGCGGGUAAAGGCAUCUGCUGCUAAGUUAGAUGACCUGACUCUGAUCCCUGAGACCCCCCCACAUAGUGAAAAGAGAGAAGGACUUCUGCAUGUUAUCCUCUGACCUCUACAUGUAUGCUAUGGCACAUGCCCUGCCGCCUCCCAAUUAAAAAUAAUACAAUGCAGCCAGGUAGUGGUGGCAUACACCACUUUUAAUCCUAGCACUCAGGAGGCAGAGGCAG